AUGUCCUACAACAAAGUCAUUUCUAGCAAUGUGAUCAGGACUGUUAACGCGGGCGGUAAAGCAAUCCAAGUCAAGUAUGCCACCAAGACCUCUACUUGGGAGCGUAGCUUCUUGGCGCAGGGCGUGCAAAACGAGUUUUGCGAGGCUUUAGAGAAGGACCGUGACGUCCCUGCUGGUGCCGCUAUUGCGAUCUUAGCCGAAAAAGAGCAUCCAAGCGAAAGCGACAGCAAGUCUCACUUCACCACUGUCUUCGAAGAUUCCAAGGGCAACCAUAUCAUGACCAAGCAUGUUUAUCCUUAG